UUUUAGUUUGGAGUGAGUGAGAGAGAGCGGCAGAGUGAGCUCCAUCUCUCUCUCUUACCAGGGCUACCACAUAUGAACAGGACAACUUUAGUUUGGCUCUAAGCUUACCUUCAAUGAAGAUGACUUCACGCAUUCCCCCCUGGUUCUUUGGAUUACUUCUACUCGCGCUCCGGUUCUGCUGCUCCUCUCCUCAGCUGUUGGAUGACCGUGGUUCUAUGUCAGCCUUGGACCUGACGGAGCUGAUCGGCGUCCCCCUUCCUCCCUCCGUCUCCUUUGUUACGGGUUUCGAGGGUUACCCCGCCUACAGCUUCGGCCCGGACGCCAACGUGGGCCGCCUCACAAAGUCAUUCAUCCCCGACCCGUUCUAUCAUGACUUCGCCAUCACGGUCACAGCUAAACCUACCACGCGGCGGGGUGGUGUGCUGUUCGCCAUCACAGAUGCUUACCAAAAGAUUGUACACUUAGGUGUAGCGUUGUCCGAGGUGGAGGAUGGUUCCCAGAGAGUCAUAUUGUACUACACCGACCCAGGAACAAGUGGUGGAACCCAGGAAGCAGCUUCCUUCAAAAUGGGAGACCUGACGGGAAGAUGGGCGAGGUUCACCCUGACUGUGCAGGGGGCAGAGGUGCGUCUCUACAUGGACUGUGAGGAAUACCACCGCGUGGCCUUCACCAGGAGCCCUCAGCCUCUGACCUUCGAGGCCAGCUCGGGGAUCUUCGUGGGGAACGCUGGGGGUACGGGCCUGGACCGGUUUGUGGGCUCCAUCCAACAGCUGGUGUUGAAGUCGGAUCCCACGGCCCCAGAUGACCAGUGUGAGGAGGACGAUCCUUAUGCCUCUGGAUAUGGAAGCGGUGAUGAUGCGUAUGAAGACAUUGAGGGAAGAGACGAAGUGAAGAAGAUUGUGGAGGAGAGAGACUACCCCAUGCCCCUCCCAGAGCUGGACCCCACCUACAGCACCCCAGCCCCUGCUCCGUCCACUCCGAUGUCGCCAGGCGAUGAUGAUGAUGAUUAUUAUGAUUAUGAUGAAGACACAGAGGAGACUUCUGGACAGGAAGUGGAGGUGACCACAGUAGGAGUGAAAUCAUUUCAGACGAGUGCUCCAGCCUCUGUAUUAGACACUCCCCUCCCAGAGCUGGACCCCACCUACAGCACCCCAGCCCCUGCUCCGUCCACUCCGAUGUCGCCAGGCGAUGAUGAUGAUGAGUAUUAUGAUUAUGAUGAAGACACAGAGAAGACUUCUGGACAGGAAGUGGAGAUGACCACAGUAGGAGUGAAAUCAUUUCAGACGAGUGCUCCAGCCUCUGUAUUAGACACUCCCCUCCCAGAGCUGGAUUAUUAUGAUUAUGAUGAAGACACAGAGAAGACUUCUGGACAGGAAGUGGAGGUGACCACAGUAGGAGUGAAAUCAUUUCAGACGAGUGCUCCAGCCUCUGUAUUAGACACUCCCCUCCAGGUGUCUCCAGGACAGAAAGGGGAGCGAGGUGAGCCAGGUCCAUCCGGUCCUCCAGGACCGCCCGGCCCUCCAGGACAAGCCUCAGGAGACGGGGAGGGAGGGGAGCCAGGACCCCGGGGUCCACAAGGACCACAGGGACCUUCAGGUCCACCUGGGUUUUCUGGGAAGGAUGGACAGCCUGGAAGCAAAGGUGAAACUGGUGUCCCAGGAGCAACUGGGAUUCCAGGAUUCCCGGGACUACAGGGAGAGACUGGUCUUAUGGGAGAAAAGGGUGAUCCUGGUGUUGGACUACCAGGUCCACCAGGCCCUCCUGGACCUCCAGGUAAACCAAGCAAGUCGUCCAUGUUCCUGGAGGGGUCAGGAUUUGAUGACUUUGACAAUGAUGCAGAGAUUAUCAGGGGGCCUCCAGGGCCUCCUGGCGUCCCGGGACAGCCAGGGCCCCCAGGAACCCCAUCGGAAGACUUCUUUCCUGGACCACCUGGGGCCCCUGGGAAAGAUGGGAAGGAUGGAGAGAACGGUGAACCUGGAGUUGAUGGAAAAGAUGGAGAUCCAGGAGCUGCUGGGGAGAAAGGAGACAAGGGAGAAACUGGUGUAAGCGGGCAACCGGGAGCGAAGGGAGAUCAGGGCCCUGCAGGGUUUCCAGGCAUACCAGGCUCCGAGGGUCCAGAAGGGCAUCCUGGUCCCAGGGGUCCAUCUGGCCCUCCUGGUCCCCCAGGUCCUCCUGGGAGAGGCUUCACCAUGGACUUUGAGGACUUGGAAGGAUCUGGGAUGCAGAGUGGUUACGGAGCUCCGCUCUCCAGAGGCCCACAGGGACCUCCAGGAAUCCCUGGACUUGAAGGGCCCAAGGGAAAAGAUGGCUCCCCAGGAAACCCAGGGCAAAAGGGGGAGACAGGUGCUACAGGACGAUCAGGGUUUCCAGGACUGGAGGGACUAAAAGGGCAAGAGGGACCAAAGGGGAACAAAGGAGACCCAGGACAAAAGGGAGAGACGGGACGGGAUGGCCUCAGUCUACCCGGCCCUCCAGGACCAGCUGGACCAGCAGGACCCAUUAUCAACCUCCAGGAUCUUCUACUGAACGACACAGAUGGUGCCUUCAACUUCUCAGGGAUUUUUGAAGCCGGGCCACAGGGUCCAAAGGGAGACAGUGGGUUGCCGGGAGUUCAAGGACCUCCAGGACUGAAAGGUGAAAGGGGUGAGCCAGGAUUUGCCAUCGCAGCAGAUGGAUACAUGAUGUCAGACCUAGCUGGACCCAAAGGAUUUAAGGGAGAUAAUGGUGUAGCCGGACCUGCUGGAAUUACAGGGCCUACCGGACCACCAGGACCCAAAGGAGAAUUCGGUUUUCCUGGAAGACCUGGACGCCCAGGCCUGAAGGGACCAAAGGGAGAGACAGGAGACUCUGCAAGCGUGCCGGGACCUCCUGGCCCCCCUGGGCUGCCGGGCCGUCCAGGAAUAUUCAACUGCCCGAAAGGAACCGUGUUCCCCAUCCCGCCCAGACCCCACUGCAAAAUGGCUCUUAAUCCCAAUGGAACCAUUUCAUUUGGUAACUGUCAGACGGCACCGAAAGGGGAGAAGGGAGAGCGAGGUCUUCCUGGUAUCCCAGCGCCUCCAAACUCUUUUAUUCCCAGGGGAGUCUGGGGGGCAAGAGGUGACCAGGGCACUAAAGGAGAGAAGGGGGACAAGGGGGAGGCAGCGUGGCCCGGGCAACCAGGUAUCCCCGGGAGACCAGGACCGGUGGGACCCAAAGGGGAUUCAGUGGUUGGUCCACCGGGCCACCCUGGGGUGCCGGGUUCACCAGGUUAUGGCAGACCAGGACCGGUCGGCCCUCCUGGGCCACCGGGGCCUCCAGGACCCUCUGGGUCAGCCUUGAGAUAUGGCUCAGCUUUGACCGUUGCCGGCCCGCCUGGACCUCCUGGACCAGCUGGACCUCCUGGACCUACGAAUAAAGCAGCAUCUCUGAAAACAUUUGCUUCCCGUGAGAGUAUGAUGCAGCACACCGUCAGGGAUGCAGAAGGAACUCUGGCGUACGUCACAGCAACAGGAAGUCUCUUCCUCAAGGUCUCCCAGGGAUGGAAAGAGAUACAGCUCGGCAGUCUGAUCUACCUUUCCAAUAACAUUAUCCCACAAGAUGAGCCUCAGGUUUCAUAUCAGAUAAGAGGAGACACGAUGGAAAGAAUACGCUCAGUCAGCGAAAGGCUCAACCUGGUGGCGUUGAACCAGCCCCACUCAGGCGACAUGAUGGGGCUCGACACAGCCGACCGGAUGUGUUACGAGCAAGCCAAGGCGAUGGGUUUGGCUCCAAACUACCGCGCCUUCAUUUCUUCCCACAGGCAAGACCUGGUCCAUGUGGUUUAUCCCAGUCUCAGAGAAACUCUGCCAGUUACCAACCUGAGGGGGGAUGUGAUGUUUAGGAACUGGCGGACAAUUUUCAAUGGCGAUGGGGGGCCAAUGGAUGCCAGGAUACCAAUCUACUCCUUUGACGGCCGGGAUGUUUUAGCUGACCCCUUCUGGCCUCUGAAGAGUAUCUGGCACGGCUCCACCAGCAGGGGUCUCCGAGUGGUGGACAAACACUGCGAGACGUGGCAAGCGGACCACAUGUCUGUCAUGGGCCAGUCAUCCAGCCUGACCUCAGGUCUGCUCCUGGGCCAGCAGACGAGGAGCUGUUCCAACCAGUACAUCGUUCUUUGCAUCGAGACCCACAAAAACCUUUAAAUCCCCCCCAGUACCACUCCACCACGCCAGCCACCGUAAACGUUAAAAAAAAACCUCGGGGAAAACAUUUGAGUGACUUUCCUAGAAAAGGACGUCGUUUUUUCAGCACAUCUUCGGUGCUACGUGUAGCUUUUUGUGGUUUUUAAAACAGAGGACCACAUUUAACGCAAUUUCUUUCACAAAGAGGAAGUUACGGUAAAAAAUGUCUCUCCUCCCUUUUCUGAUAUCCCUCUGUGUUAUUUCUGGAAGGUAAACUAACAUAAAGUCAACAGGUCCCUUUGUGUUGUGAAGAAACCCGGAAGAUUCCUUCUUAUAUUCAACCUGGUGGCACAUAAUGUUAAAUGUAACAUGAAGGCUUAUGGGGGCUGCCAGUCUCCUCAGCAGCAGUUAUACGUGUUCAUGACAAUAAUGCUCACAUCUCAAAGAGAAUGUGGUAAUGAUUUAAUAAAGUUAAAAUGAUACACGCAGCACCUUUAACCUUUAGUCAAAGAAAGUCCACUUAUAUGAACAAGACGCAUCUGUGUCAUUUCGAAAGAAUCAAAACAAAGUAACACAAAUGGCUUUUCCCCACAUGGUCACCGAGGUGUUUUGAGGAUAAGACGUCUCCUUUUCAAGAUUAUUGUCUCUUUGUUGUAAGAGACUGAAGAUGCAACGGCUGCAGGAGUCUGCACCUGUCCUUACGUGGCAGUGUUUUUUUUCUAUUUCCAAAGACUUUUGUGAUGGAAGCAUAAAUGGCCACUGUCACUGUUUUGUUUACAAGUUGUCAUGGAGAUCAAGAAAUUUGUUUGUGUAACUUACAUAGUCCCUCGUCCAACAGGGGGAAGACCAGACAACCUGUGUUGCCACCAAAGUCAUUUUUGAUGCACUGUACUUUAUUUGAAAAAAUAUUUUCUAGUUCAACAUUGUUUGUGUUGUUGCUUUCAUUAUACAUCUUGGUGAUCUCACAUCUUAGCAGCUCUUUCUCUCAAUAGGCUAUUUAAUUUAAAUUCAAUGAUUUAUUUAUACCGUCACAGCACAUAACAUGAAAUAAGAUGAUUCAAUUUAAGAAUGUAAUUUAUCGUUUUUUGUUUGUCAAAUGAUUGUUUCUUCUCACUUUAUUCCGCUUUUCUAUCUUUUUGUACAGUUUUUUUAAUGUUUCUAGAUUUCUGGAGAUUGUUGACAGCAGUAAAACCAAAAUUCCACCCAGUGAAGUGAUACGAUUGAAACAAGCUUAAUAUUUUCAUCCUAAAAAAAUAUGAAUACAAGAAAAAUAAUUUCCAAGGGCGAAAGUCACAUGUUUUUGUGUAAAUAUUGGUGCUUUGUUGAAUAAAGUUUUCU